CUGUAAGCCGCGAGUGUGGCCCUAAAAAGCAAAAAAGAAAGUUGUUCAAGCUAAAGGGAAAUGGUACAAGAGGAAAACUGGAAUUUCUGGAAUGAAGAAAGAGCCAUAGAAAUGUCCUCAGAGCUCCUUCAACGGGCUGCUACCUCUCGGUGGAGUCUUGCCUUUUCUCCCAGCAUGGCCCCCAAACACCAGUCUGCACUUCCGCCUCAAGCAAAGAAACCCAGGAAACUGAGACUGACUCCUGCACUCAAGCCAGAGGAAACUUUCAACUUGCCGAAGGAAGAAAAAGAACAGCAAGAAGCAAUUGAACAUAUUGAUGAAGCACAAAAUGAAAUAGACAGACUUAAUGAACAAGCCAGUGAGGAGAUUUUAAAAGUAGAAGAGAAAUAUAAUAAACUCCGCCAAUCAUUUUUUCAGAAGAGGUCGGAACUGAUCGCCAAAAUCCCAGACUUUUGGGUAACAACGUUUGUUAACCAUCCACAAGUGUCUGCACUGCUUGGGGAGGAGGAUGAAGAGGCGCUGCAUUAUUUGACAAGAGUUGAAGUGACAGAAUUUGAAGAUAUUAAAUCAGGUUACAGAAGAUUUUAUUUUGAUGAAAACCCUUCCUUCGAAAAUAAAGUUCUCCCCAAAGAAUUUCAUCUGAAUGAGAGUGGUGAUUCAUCUUCAAAGACCACUGAAAUCAAAUGGAAAUCCGGAAAGGAUUUGACAAAACAUUCAAGUCAAACGCAGAAUAAAGCCAGCAGGAAAAGACAGCAUGAGGAACCAGAGAGCUGCUUCACCUGGUUUGCUGAUCAUUCUGAUGCAGAUACAGAUGAUUUAGGAGAGGUCAUCAAAGAUGAUAUUUGGCCAAAUCCAUUACAGUACUACUUGGUUCCUGACAUGGAUGAUGAAGAAGGGGAAGGAGAAGAAGAAGAUGAUGAUGAUGAUGAAGAGGAAGAAGGAUUGGAAGAUAUUGAUGAAGGGGAUGAGGAUGAAAGUGAAGAAGAUGAGAAUGAAGGUGAAAAAGAUGAAGAUGAUGAUGAGGGGGAGGAAGGAGAAGAUUACUAAUGGAACACCGAUGGAUUCCAACCUUUUUAAAAGUUUUCUCCAGUCCCUGGGAGCAAGUUGCAGUUGUCUUUUUUUCCCCCCUUUUGUGCUUGGUUGCCCUGUUUUUGAGGUCUCUUUUUUCCUUUCACCAUGGUUCUCAAUUUAUUUUGGAGGGAAAUACCUUGGGUAGAAUUCAGUGGAAAAAGAAUCUCUACCCCUUUUCUGUUCCAAAUUCAUUUUUAUCCCUUCCUGUCUCAACAAAAACUUUAUGGAAUCAACACCACCAUGCUCUGUGGGAAAAAAGAAAAAUCUUCUGCUCCCUUAGCUCUGCUGGAAGCUGGAGGGUGCGAGGCCCCUGUGUAGUAGUGCAUAGAAUUCUAGCUUUUUCCCUCCUUUCUCUGUAUAUCGGGCUCAGAGAUUACACUGUCUCUAUGUGAAUAUGGACAGUUAGCAUUUAACAACAUGUAUCUGUCUACUUUUUCUUGUUUAAAAAAAGAAAAAAAACUUAAAAAAAUGGGGUUAUAGAAGGUCAGCAGCAAAGGGUAGGUUUGAGAUGUUUGGGUGGGUUGAGUG